AUGGACCGAUCAAGUGAUACCAUCGACGCGGAGGGUGGCGCCGAUGACGCGUCUAAGGAGUUACGUAUUUUACAAGAGCUUCGUAAGCCUGCAACAUUGACGGACCGUAUCCGGUUUCUUAUCGCAACUCGCUUCAAUACUCGUUUAAUGCCAGGUCUUCGAUAUGUCUCUAUUCGUGGUGGUAGUAUCCCUCGUAGUUUCGUGUGGAACGGUAUGAAGAACACGAAGUAUAAUGUGUUUACAUUUCUGCCAUAUGUGUUGUAUGAGCAAUUUAAGGUAUUUAUGAACCUUUUUUACUUGCUCAUCAGCCUUUCUCAAUUGAUUCCUGACCUUGCUGUUGAGUCUGCUAUAACGUAUUUUGGUCCGUUGGCGUUGGUGUUAUUUGUGGCUCUAUUGAAGGAGGGUUGCGAUGACUAUAAGCGUUAUUUGCGUGACAAGGAGGCAAAUUCUCAGAAAUAUGAGAUUUUGACUGCUGAGGGUAUAAAGGAGAUAAAUGCGGAGAAUAUAACCGUUGGUUCUGUUGUGAAGUUGACUAAGAACCAGCGUGUUCCUGCAGAUAUGAUAUUGUUGCGUUCUUCUGAGGCUAAUGGUUGCAGUUUCAUCCGUACCGACCAAUUGGAUGGUGAGACGGAUUGGAAAUUGAAGAAGGCGGUCCAUGUAACUCAGUGUUUGGGUAGUGCUGAGGAUAUGGUAAAUCUUGAUGCAGUGUGUUGCUGUGAGGCACCUCGUCAGGAGAUUUAUUCAUUUAAUGGUAAGAUGACCUUUUACAAAAAUGAAGUAUUAGAUAAAGAAGCAGUUCCUGCUAUGUCCAGUUGGGUUAUGAACGACUCUUUGAGUGCGGAUUCACAUUCCCAGAAGGAUGAUGCUGUUCCAUUAGCAUCUGAUGAUAGCCAUGUGCCUUCCUCCUUUUCAGCAGUCACUGCUAAAGUUAGCGACUGUUCUGAUGUGCCUAAGUCGUUGCGUGACGCAGUUGUUGAGCCUUUGACAGUUGACAAUGCGCUUUGGAUGAAUACCAUCGUUGCUGCUGGUACUGUGUACGGCUUGGUAAUAUAUAUUGGUAAAGAGGUGCGUGCUUCUCUGAAUGCCCGUCGUGCUCGUUACAAGAUCGGUUGUUUUGAUUGGGAGGUUAAUUUGAUGACAAAGGUUUUAUUUUCCAUAUUAUUGGCAAUGUCAGUUGCGAUGGUAGCUCCUGGUGGUUUUGUGGGUCGUUGGUACAUUUGGUUGAUAAAGUUUUUGUUACUAUUUUCAACUAUAAUUCCAAUAUCUCUUCGUAUAAACUUGGAUAUUGCUAAAUUUACGUAUUCUCGGACAAUGGCUAUGGAUACUGAGAUCCCUGGUACGGUGCCUCGUACGACGUUGAUUCCUGAGGAAUUGGGUCGUAUAGAGUAUCUGUUAUCGGAUAAAACUGGUACAUUGACCCAGAAUGUAAUGAAUUUAGAUCGUAUCCACAUCGGUCGUGCCUUAUUUCAGGUAGAUGACCUUGAAACUAUUCGUCAGCUUGUUGACAAGUACUUUGAGGACUAUAGGCAAACUACUUUGGAUGUCCCUUUCGAAGGUUCUUCAGAUGACGGUUUGAGAUCACAAUCUGUAUCUAAGGUUUCUCACCAAGGCAGUUCUGGUAACGUAUCGUCUGAUGGUUCUGGGUUACCCAGUCAUGGUUAUCCACGGAGGAUGUCGAGGAAGUCUGCCAUCCAUAUACCUUAUACUAAGGUAACUCCUACUCGGGAUAUUGAUACUAAGCUUUCUUUAGCUAUCUUAUCGUUGGCCAUCUGUCAUUCUGUCACGCCUAUAUUUGAUAAGGACAAGUUAGACUUCCAGGCGUCAUCGCCUGACGAGAUCGCUAUGGUUUCUUUUGCUCGUAUGUGUAAUGUUGAGUUGCGUGAGCGUGAUGAGACUCGUAUGGUAUUAUGCGUGCGUGGUACUUUGUUUCUGACUUUCAAGAUAUUGACAGUGUUCCCAUUUAGUUCCGAAACUAAGCGUAUGGGUAUUAUUGUUGAGGAUGAGAUUUCUAAGGAGAAGUUUUUCUUUUGUAAGGGCGCUGAGUCUGCGUUGAUUAAGUUAUUACAGCCUCGUGGUUCUGUUUGGCUUACUGAGGAGUGUGACAACAUGGCUCGUUUAGGUUUGCGUACUUUAGUGUUUGGUUAUCGUCAACUUUCCGAUGCUGAAUAUGCGCUAUUUGAGUCUCGUUAUCGUGAUGCUCGUGUGAGUUUGAACGACCGUGAAGAGCGUAUUAGGCGUGUAGUGUCUACUAUUGAGCGUGAUUUGAUAUUGAUAGCUUUGAGUGGUGUUCAGGAUAACUUGCAGCCGCAUGUUAAGAGUACUCUUGAGGCUUUACGUGAUGCUGGUAUUAAGAUUUGGAUGCUUACUGGUGACAAGGUUGACACUGCGAAGUGUAUCGCGAUUUCAGCUGGUAUAAAGGACAAGAGUCAUUCUCUGUGUCAAAUAACAUCUGAAAACACUAAGGACAAGGACGACAUAAAGCAGAAGUUGGAGAAUUUUUCUAUGGGACCUACAUCAACAAUGUUGGUUGUGGAUGGUGCAGUGGUUGCUACUAGUAUAAAGGAGUUUAACAAAUUUUUCAUCAUGGUAGCUACUAUGGCGCCUGCUGUGUUAUGUUGUCGCUGUACUCCGUUCAUUAAGGCUGAGUUGGUGCGUCUGAUUAAGCAGUAUACUGGUAAGCGUACAUGUGCUAUAGGUGACGGUGACAAUGACGUGCCUAUGAUAACUGAGGCUGAUGUUGGUAUCGGUAUCGUUGGUAAGGAGGGUUUACAGGCUAGUUUAUCUGCUGACUAUUCGAUUCAUCGUUUCCAUUAUAUUAAACGUAUAAUAUUGUGGCAUGGUCGUAAUAGUUACAAGAGUUCUGCCUCGCUGACCCAUUUCAUUAUCCACCGUGGUAUGAUAAUUGCUGUUAUGCAGGGAUUAUUUUCUGCAAUGUAUUUUUACAUGCCUUUAGCAUUUUUCCAAGGUUGGUUACAGAUCGGUUUUUCAACGUACUAUACGAUGUUGCCUCUGUAUAGUUUGGUUUUGGAUUAUGAGAUGGAGGAAUCGGUUGUCUUUUUGUUUCCUGAGCUUUAUCAGACCCUUCAUACAGGUCGUGUAAUGUCAGUGAAGACAUUUUUGAUAUGGGUGUGGAUAUCAGUUUUUCAAGGUGCUAUUUUAAUGACAGGUGCGAUUAUAUUAUUUGAGAACUCUAUGUUGAGUUUGGUGUCAGUUGCUUGCACCUCGUUGUUUGCGCUGGAGUUACUGAACAUCUAUACUGAGCUUCAUACAUAUCAUCCACUUACGAUGGUGAGUAUGAUCUGUACUGCUGUUGUGUAUUUUUACUCGAUAUUGAUUUUGCGGAAUUACUUUGACUUCGCUUUCAUCGCUACUACUGCUUUUGUAUGGAGGGUGAGUGUCAUAACGCUUACUGGCUGGUUGCCCAUUUACAUAUUUAAGUGUAUCCAGCAGUUAUUACAGCCGCCUCAAUCGCGGAAGCUAACAGUCUAA